AUGGUGUUCAUUGGUAAAUAUGUGCAUUUUAACCAUGAACUUCAUCUGCAUUAUGGAGAUGUCGUGCGAGUUGACCCCAACGAGAUUUCCUACACCAACGCGGAAGCGUGGAGAGAUAUCUACAACCACGGCAAAGAGCGAAUCAUCAAGGAUCCGCAUUUCAUGGGAGAAACACCCAACAAAACACCGCACAUUGGCACCGCCGAUCGAUCGACCCAUUCAAGGAUGCGGAAGGCCUUCUCGCACGCGUUUUCGGACCGCGCUUUGCGGAAACAGGAGCCUCUCAUCCAGUCGUACACCGACAAGAUGGUGUCAGCUAUCAACGACAUAAUCGAGAAAGAUCCAAGCUCAUCCUUGGAUAUCGUGGAUAUCUACAAUUUCAUCACGUUCGACAUGAUGGCCGAGCUAACAUUUGGGGAGCCCCUCCGCCUACUCGACAAUAAGACUUACAUCCCAUGGGUCACGGCUAUUUUCCAGGGCCUGAAAUUCAUGACCCUUCGGGGCGUACUGAAGAAGAUCCCACUAUUGGGAAUCCUGAGUGAGUACUUGAUCUCCACGACGCUGCGGAAAGAGUUCGAAGCGCAUUUUCGUUUUUCAUCCGAUUUGGUGGAUCGACGUCUUGCGCAAGGCGAAGAUACUAAGCCAGAUAUCUGGCACUUUGUUUUGGGAGCCAAAUCCGAGGCAAGACUCUCGGUGAAGGAAGUGCAUUCGAAUGCUGCAGGACUUAUGGUUGGAGGUGGAGAAACCGUCGCUACGGCGCUCAGUGGGCUGACGUAUUUCCUUCUCGAGAAUCCUGCCGUACUGAAACAGGUUACCGAGGAGGUGCGAAGCGCCUUUGCCAGCGACGGUGAAAUCACCCUAUUGGAGAUAACGAGAUUGAAGUAUCUUGGGGCAUGUCUCUCCGAAUCUCUACGCAUGUACCCUCCAGCUGCUGUGGGACUCCCGAGGAUCAUCCCUCCAGAGGGUGCAGAUGUCCGCAAGGAAUUAAUUCCUGGUGGAACAGGAAUGCUUUCACCGUGA